UUCAGAUUUUUAUAGAUGGCAUAAUGUUUGCUUCCAGAGUUUGCUGUUAUUUUUAUAAUUCUUCCUACUUUCUAUCAGUGUGUCACUGGCUGAAAUAAGACCAAAAAUUCACAAUUUCUCCUGGUAUUUAAUAUAAUAUAAUUUAAUAUAAUAAAAUAAUUUACUCUUUCUCUUUGCUUCUUUUUGUGUCUUUCGUCUAGUGACCAUGGCCAUGACUAAUGGAACCUUUUUACCAAACUCAACAGACAACUGCCUCCUUCCAUAUGACAGUGACCGACUUCCUCUCUUAAUUGUGUACAGCAUCGCCCUCAUCAUUGGUCUACCCGCCAACAUUGUUACAGUCUAUCUCACUUUUCUUCAGGUGCGCCGGCAGAACGUGUUGGGAAUAUACUUGCUGAGUUUGUCUGUGUGUGACCUCAUGUAUUUAGGUACACUGCCCAUGUGGACCAUAUACAUAAACAAUGGCCACUGCUGGACCCUGGGCUCUUUGGCUUGUAAGGUCACAGGCUACAUUUUCUUUAACAACAUGUACAUCAGCAUCUUUCUCCUUUGCUGUGUCUCCCUGGACCGUUAUGUGGCAGUAAUUUAUCCAAUGGAGUCUCGAGUUCUGAGAAAGAAAAAACGUGCUAUAAUAGUCACCACAGUCAUUGUGGCAGUAGUUGCACUGGGACACAUUCCAGUAUUUACCAUGAAAGAGGGAGAAACUGAGAACAAGGAGCACAAGCGUUGUUUCGAGCCUGGAAAGACUAAUCUGACUCUGACAGGCUUCAACUACUCCCGAUUUGUGAUUGGAUUCUUUAUACCACUGUGUGUUCUGGUAGUCACCAACCACGCUGUCCUUACCAGAGUAAAAGAAAGCACUGGCCUUGGGUCAGAACAGAAGAUCAAAGUUCGUUAUCUUGUUGUGGCAGUCAUCUCAAUUUUCCUGGUCUGCUUUACUCCAUAUCAUGUCAUCCUCUUGUUACGGGCUAUCAGUUACCACUACUCAGGAUGGGAUUGUGGCUUUCAGCAAAAGCUUUACACUCCUUACACCAUCUCUCUGGGCCUCUCAACUAUUAACAGUGCCAUGAACCCCCUUCUUUAUGUCCUGGCCAGCGACAACAUUCGCAAAGAGAUCUGCAAAAGUGUCAGCAGCCUUUGCAGCGGCCGGUUCUUCAGAACUCAUCUCAGAGACCACAGCCUCAGGAACUCUUCAGGUGGACGCAGUAAAGAUGCAAGCAGAACUGACAGGAAGACUCAGCACUGACAAGAAAUGAUUCAUGUGCAUCAGUGUCCCGUGCAACAGCAGCUUCUAGGAGAAGAUGAUGGUGGAAAAUAAAGAUGGCAAAAGCUGAAGCUCAGAAGACUUGUUACCUGCAAGAGAG